UACACAAAUCGUGGUUUCAGGAAGUGCAGCGCAUCGAAGGGUUGUGCACAUUUCUCAUUGUGUGAUUUAUACAAAUUAUAACAAGAUAUAGGUUCUGCUUUGAGAAAACUGCUGGUCACGUACAAGAUCGGAAUUGAUCCGAGUGAGGUCCAUUUCCUGGACUGUGAAUCCUUCUACCACUAAGUUUAAUGCAUCAAAUCUGGAGAUUAGACAAGAUGAAGUGGAUCAUUUACGUUUAUCUCCUGAUAGGCUCACAGGAGCUGGUCACUUCCCUGGUCAGCGAUGGGGAAAGCUGUGGUAUCCACAUGGUUGGCAAUGGGCUGGAUAUGGAAGAGAAUUCGGCCGCGUAUUGGUUCCCACGGAAUGAAGAUUGGGACAACUUGGCGAUCGAGUGUUUGAAUGAAGAACUGCAGAGAAACCAGACAUUCAUGAAUGUUUCGGAUUUGGCCAGAAAGUUUUGGAAUGGGCGCACCAUUCCCCAUGGUCUCCGUAAGGAGCACAUGAUCGUGGUCACUAUGUACACCCAUCAUGGAUCAUUGUACAAGGCAUUUAACGAUGAGGUUCAGAAAUAUGGAAAUAUCACCGAAUACAACUCCGAAUUUAAACUGAAGGCCUUCCAUUAUCUCCUAACCAUCGCUCUCCAGGCAUUGAGAGAUCAUUCCAAAUACUUACACCUUUAUCGCGGGUUGAACGUUCCCAAGUUUGGGAGACGGGGCCAGGAGAUGAGGUUCGGGAGAUUCACCUCCACCUCCCUCAAUAGAACAGUGGCCGAGGGAUAUGGAAACAGGACUUUGUUUGUGCUGAACACGACUUACGGUGUCAAGAUCCGCAAUUACUCAUUCUUUGAGGGGGAAGAUGAGAUUUUAAUCCCUCCCUACGAGAAGUUUGAGAUUGUAAAGGCCGAGAGCUCAGGGGGAAACUGCAUCUUCACCCUCCGCUCGAGAGGCUAUGAGGGAGUUGAGGUGGGGCUGGAGAGGGACGGUAAUGACUGUCUGAGAGUUUACCGGAAGACCCGACCCUGGUGGGUCUGGUUUCUGAUCGUCUUGGUGAUCUUGGUCACUCUGGGGGGAUUAGGAACAUUUCUCUACAAGUGCUGCUGCCAGGAAUAGAUUCCAAUUUCCCACCAUCUCCCCAACCCUCAACCCCCAUCCCUCCUCUCAACCCCUCCCCACCUCACACACCAUCACUCUCACCUGCCUAAUGAUCAAAACUCUGCCCUCUCACUCCCAAACCAUACUCCCCGCAUGGCAAAUGAUCAAGUUUGCGGGACUGAAUGGCCUCCUCCUGUUCCUGUUUAACAGACUCGAGGGGCUGAAUGGCCUCAUCCUGUUCCUAUCUGUGCAAACUGUACAUUAAGAUCAUGUUUGAUAGAUUGACAAAGCUUUGAAGGUUGAAUUAACAAUGUUGACAUAAAAUUUGUCUAUAGAACUU